UUGAUAAAGUUCACUCACCAGUCACCACCAUUUCCAUUAUUCUCUUUCACGAAGAUUCAUCCGUUAUCCAAUGGAAUUCCCAAAGCCAAGAAUUGGAUUAUUUUCUUCAUAUUUUCUCGCUUGAAUUUCUCAUUCGAAGUUUCAAAUCUCUAAUCGAAAGAAUCUUCAUUGGAUUGGAAGUUUUUCUUUCUUCUUUUUCUUUUUUUAUUGAACCCUAGAUUGAAUUCAAGAACUGAAUUUGUGAUGAGUUUCAGCUUUCUGGAAUGGCCGCUCAAGUUCUCGCCUUGUGCAUUCUCAAAAUGUUGGCGGUUUUAGCUGCGAUCUCUUCUCUAGGCGUAGCCGAUUUCAGCGACGACGAGUUCUCGAUUGCCGGCUUCGAAUUCGACGCGCUCCGAGGAGAUUACACGCCUCCGGCGCCGCCGCCGCCGUCUCCGCCGCCUCACCCGCCGUCGGUGUCCUGCGACGACGGCCUCGGAGGAAUUGGCUCGCUCGACACGUUGUGCGAGCUCAAUUCGAGUCUGAGCUUCGAGGACGAUGUGUAUAUAGAGGGAAAUGGAAGUUUGUACAUUCUUCCCAGCGUUACUUUGAGCUGUCCGUUGUUAGGUUGCUCAAUUUUGAUAAACGUCAGCGGAGAUUUUAGUUUGGGUAGGAAUUCGACGAUCAUCGCCGGUUUGGUCUUUUUGAGCGCUAGGGCUGCGAAUUUCUCGGAUGGAUCGUUGAUUAACGCCACCGGAUUGGCCGGUGAGCCGCCGGCGGAGACGAGUGGCACGCCGAGCGGUCUCCAGGGCGGCGGUGGAGGCCAUGGCGGGAGAGGCGCGAGCUGUGUGACGGACAACACGAAGCUUCCGGAUGACGUUUGGGGUGGCGAUGCGUAUUCGUGGUUGUCGUUGGACAAGCCUGCAAGUUAUGGGAGUAGGGGAGGUUCGACGAGCAAAGAGGUGGAGUAUGGCGGGGAAGGUGGCGGGAGGAUUUGGGUGGAGGUGGACGGAACGGUUGAUGUCUGUGGGAGUGUUCUAGCGGACGGUGGCUACGGCGGUCUCAAGGGUGGUGGAGGGUCUGGAGGCAGCAUAUACAUCAAAGCUCAUAGAAUGACUGGAAGUGGCAGGAUAAGUGCAGCAGGGGGAGAUGGAUUUGCUGGAGGUGGGGGCGGAAGAGUUUCCAUCAAUGUUUUCAGCAGGCAUGACAAUACACAAUUCUUUGUACAUGGGGGACGGAGUUUAGGCUGCACUGAAAACUCAGGUGCUGCUGGGACAUAUUAUGAUGCUGUACCUCGAAGCCUUACUGUCAGCAAUCACAACAUGUCCACACAGACUGACACACUUAUGUGGGAAUUUCCUAAGCAGCCACUUUGGACUAAUGUUUAUAUUCGAGAUCAUGCGAAGGCUUUGGUUCCUCUGUACUGGAGCCGUGUUCAGGUACAAGGACAAAUUCACUUGUCAUGUGGUGCAACUUUGAGUUUCGGGCUUGCACAUUAUUCUUCGUCGGAGUUUGAGUUAAUGGCAGAAGAGCUUUUGAUGAGUGACUCCGUUGUUAAGAUAUUUGGAGCUCUUCGCAUGUCUGUAAAAAUAUACUUGAUGUGGAAGUCCAAAAUGCUUAUAGAUGGUGGUAGUGAUGCAAUUGUUGCAACGUCCUUUCUUGAAGCGAGCAAUAUAGUGGUUCUCAAAGAAUCGUCUGUGAUACAGUCUACCACUAAUUUAGGAGUUCAUGGACAAGGUUUCUUGAAUUUAUCUGGACCAGGGAAUUUGAUUGAAGCGCAACGCCUGGUUCUUUCACUAUUUUUUAGUAUCAAUGUUGGUCUUGGAUCUUUUCUUCGAGGUCCGUUGGAGAGUGCUAAUAGCAAUUAUAUGACGCCACGGCUCUACUGCCAUCUCCCAGAUUGUCCUGUUGAAUUAAUUCAUCCACCUGAAGACUGUAAUGUGAACUCUACGUUAGCCUUUACUAUUCAGAUUUGCCGAGUGGAAGUUGUUGCUGUUGAAGGUACCAUAACAGGAUCUGUUAUUCAUUUCCACUUGGUUAGAGCAAUGAUCAUCCCUUCGUCUGGAUUGAUUAGUGCAUCUGGGCUGGGUUGCUAUGGCGGAGUAGGCAGAGGGAAAAUGUUUGAAAAUGGUCUUGCUGGUGGUGGUGGGCAUGGUGGAAAAGGCGGAGAUGGAUAUUAUAAUGGAAAAUUCAUUGACGGUGGUAUUAUGUAUGGAGAUGCUGGUUUACCUUGUGAACUUGGUAGCGGUAGUGGAAAUAAUAGUCUUGCUGGUGCAACUGCAGGUGGUGGUAUUAUUGUGAUCGGUUCAUUGGAGCAUUCAUUGUCAAGUUUGUCUAUCGAGGGUUCACUUAAGGCUGAUGGGGAAAGCUUUGGAGAAGAUUUGACGAAGCAAAAUCAUAGGUCCAUCUCGAAAAUAGGACCUGGAGGUGGGUCUGGUGGGACAAUUCUUUUAUUUGUCAAUACCCUGGCACUUGGUAAUUCUUCUACCAUUUCAACUGUUGGAGGACAUGGCAGUCCCAAUGGUGGCGGUGGUGGAGGUGGCGGAAGGGUUCACUUUCACUGGUCAGAAAUUCCCAUCGGAGAUGCAUAUUUGCCAAUUGCAAGGGUAAAAGGAAGCAUUCUUACUGGUGGUGGAUAUGGUAGAGGUCAUGGUCGUGCUGGGCAAAAUGGGACAGUUACUGGAAAGGCCUGUCCCGAAGGGCUUUACGGUAUCUUCUGUGAGGAAUACACCUAUAAGAAUGUCAGCGGAUCUGAUAGAGCCCUUUGUUUCGAUUGCCCAUUUUAUGAGCUUCCCAACCGUGCUAUGUAUGUUACUGUUCGAGGUGGUGUUACUGAAACUCCUUGUCCGUAUAAGUGCAUUUCUGACAGAUAUCGCAUGCCAAACUGUUAUACAGCACUUGAAGAGUUGGUAUAUACUUUUGGUGGCCCAUGGUGGUUUGGUUUUAUUCUGUUAGGUAUCCUCAUCCUAUUAGCUCUAGUGCUUAGUGUUGCACGGACGAAGUAUGUUGGUGUGGAUGAGGUACCAACCCUUGUGCCUGCUCGACAUUGCUCUCCAAUAGAUCAUUCCUUCCCGUUCCUGGAAUCAUUAAAUGAGGUUCUAGAAACAAAUAGAAACGAGGAAUCCCAAAAUCACGUGCAUAGAAUGUAUUUUAUGGGGCCUAAUACUUUCAGUGAACCUUGGUAUCUGCCUCAUUCUCCUCCGCACCAAAUAAAAGAAAUUGUGUAUGAAGAUGCAUUCAUUAGAUUUGUGGAUGAGAUUAAUGGUUUAGCGGCUUACCAGUGGUGGGAAGGAUCAAUCUACAGCAUUCUUUCAGUCCUUGCAUAUCCGCUUGCGUGGUUAUGGCUACAGCGAUGUCGGAAAAAUAAAUUGCAGCAGCUUCGCGAAUAUGUUCGAUCAGAAUAUGAUCACGCUUGCUUGCGUUCAUGUCGUUCCCGUGCUCUCUAUGAAGGACUUAAGGUAGCUGCAACUUCUGAUCUAAUGCUUGCAUAUGUGGACUUUUUCCUUGGCGGAGAUGAAAAAAGAGCUGAUCUUCCUACACGUCUUCAUCAACGUUUUCCAAUGUCUAUAGUUUUUGGUGGAGAUGGAAGUUACAUGGCUCCCUUUUUCCUCCAUAGCGAUAACAUUCUUACUAGCCUCAUGAGUCAGUCUAUUCCACCUACAAUAUGGUAUCGGCUUGUGGCUGGUCUAAAUGCUCAACUGCGCUUAGUACGUCGUGGACACUUAAAAAUCACUUUUAGUCAUGUUGUCACCUGGCUUGGAACACAUGCAAACCCUACCUUAAGGACAUAUGGUGUACACGUUGAUCUUGCUUGGUUUCAAUCUACAGCUUUUGGAUAUUGCCAGUUUGGACUUGUGGUCUGUGCUGCCCAGAAUGAAAACAUGCUACCAUCACUAGAAAGUCCGAAUAUCUCACUGCUUACUGGGCAGGAAUCAUGGUAAAAAUCUUCUCAUGGUUUUCUUUCGUUGAGUUUUCUAUUCUUGGGCUUACUCUUCUUUCUGCCAUUCAGUAUGCUAGGCCUUGAUAGGGUUGAUCAACUGGACCAUAUGAAAACCAGUGAACAUCUAACAACACAUAAAAGGUUAUUCGGAGGGCUUUUACAUUCCCAGAACUUACGAACGCUGAAAGAAAAGAAGACUAUUUGUUAUCCCCUUUCUUUCAUAGUUUAUAACACAAAACCUGUUGGACAUCAGGAUCUUGUUGGUUUGCUCAUUUCUAUUCUGCUGCUAGCAGAUGUUAGCUUAGUCUCCCUCUCUUUUCUGCAACAGUAUUCUAUUUCUCUGCUCAACUUCUUUCUAGUGCUCUUUAUAUUUCCUCUUGGCCUUCUAUUUCCCUUCCCUGCUGGAAUCAGUGCUUUGUUUAGUCAAGGACCUAGACGAUCAGCUGGUCUUGCACGUGUGUAUGCUCUGUGGAAUAUCACAUCCUUAAUUAAUGUUGUAGUUGCUUUUCUAUGUGGAUUACUUCAUUAUAAAACCCACUCAAGUAAAAAGCACUCUGACUUUCCGUCCUGGAAUUUUAGCAUGGACGAAAGUGAAUGGUGGGUGCUUCCUUCUGGAUUGGCAGUAUGUAAACUUAUCCAAGCACAGCUUAUCGACCGCCAUGUAGCUAACCAGGAAAUUCAGGACCCUUCUUUGUAUAGCAAUGACUCUGAUGUGUUCUGGCAGUCAUGAAAGCAUUCAUUGACGAUGUACAGCCCCAAGUUAGUCAUCCAUUCUUUUGUUAAGUUUGUCCAUAUUAUUCUUUCUUACUUGUGUUGAGAAAGCAGGUUAGUUAUGGAUA